UCAAAACAAACAAAACAAAAUAAAACAAUAACAAAACAACCCUGCCUCUCUCCGCACUCCCUCCCACGCGGCUGUCCAGUCGAAUUCCUAACUGCCCCGGGGCAGCCUGCUAUUCAUCCCCUUUACCCGGUGCUCUACGCUUCCUAGUAUGCCGUGGGGCACCCCUCCGGCCUGUAGACUCCAUUUCCCAGCAUUCCCCGGAGGAGGCCCUCAUCUGGCGAUUUCCACUGGGCUCCUCGGAGCUGCGGACUUCCCAGUGUGCAUCGGGGCACAGCGACUCCUGAAAGUGGCCAAGGGCAACUUCCGCUUUUGGACUCCAUUUCCCAGCGCUCCCCGCGACUUGCCCAGCACACCCUGGGGCAGCGCCGUGACGUCAGCACGCCGGGCGGGGGCCGGGAGAUCCCUGGGGCGGUGGGGGGCCAGUGGCAGUUCCCGGCGGCCCCCGGGGCGGGCGGGCGGGUGGUGGCGGCGGUUGGGGCUCGGUGCUCGCUCGCUCGCUGGGCGGGCGGGCGGUGCGAUGUCCGGAGAGGAUGGCCCGGCGGCUGGCCCGGGGGCGGCGGCGGCGGCUGCCCGGGAGCGGCGACGGGAGCAGCUGCGGCAGUGGGGGGCGCGGGCGGGCUCCGAGCCUGGCCCCGGAGAGCGCCGCGCCCGCACCGUCCGCUUCGAGCGCGCCGCCGAGUUCCUGGCGGCCUGUGCGGGCGGCGACCUGGACGAGGCGCGUCUGAUGCUGCGCGCCGCCGACCCUGGCCCCGGCGCCGAGCUCGACCCCGCCGCGCCGCCGCCCGCCCGCGCCGUGCUGGACUCCACCAACGCCGACGGCAUCAGCGCCCUGCACCAGGCCUGCAUUGAUGAGAACCUGGAGGUGGUGCGCUUCUUGGUGGAGCAAGGCGCCACCGUGAACCAGGCAGACAACGAGGGCUGGACGCCCCUGCACGUGGCCGCCUCCUGCGGCUACCUAGACAUUGCCAGGUACCUCCUGAGCCACGGGGCCAACAUCGCCGCCGUCAGCAGUGACGGGGACCUGGCCCUGGACCUGGCCGAGUCGGACGCCAUGGAGGGGCUGCUGAAGGCGGAGAUCGCCCGCCGAGGUGUGGACGUGGAGGCAGCCAAGCGGGCGGAAGAGGAAUUGCUACUUCAUGACACGAGGUGCUGGCUGAAUGGGGGUGCCAUGCCAGAGGCCCGGCACCCCCGCACAGGCGCCUCUGCCCUGCACGUGGCUGCUGCCAAGGGCUACAUUGAGGUGAUGAGGUUGCUCCUCCAGGCUGGCUACGAUCCGGAGCUCCGGGACGGGGACGGCUGGACUCCCCUGCACGCGGCGGCACACUGGGGCGUGGAGGACGCCUGCCGCCUGCUGGCCGAGCAUGGCGGGGGCAUGGACUCACUGACCCACGCGGGGCAGCGUCCCUGUGACCUGGCCGAUGAGGAAGUACUGAGCCUGUUGGAGGAACUGGCCCGGAAACAGGAGGAUCUUCGGAACCAGAAAGAAGCUUCCCAGAGCCGGGGCCAGGAGCCCCAAGCGCCCUCUAGCAGCAAACACAGAAGGAGCUCUGUGUGUCGUCUGAGCAGUCGAGAGAAGAUUUCCCUCCAGGACUUGUCCAAGGAGCGCCGACCUGGUGGGGCUGGGGGGCCCCCCAUCCAGGACGAGGAUGAGGGGGAAGAAGGUCCCACCGAACCACCCCCUGCAGAACCCAGAACCCUCAAUGGCGUCUCCUCCCCGCCGCACCCCAGCCCUAAGAGCCCCGUGCCGCCUGAAGAGGCCCCCUUCUCCAGGCGCUUUGGCCUCCUGAAGACCGGGAGUUCUGGUGCCCUGGGUCCCCCGGAAAGGCGGACAGCGGAGGGAGCUCCUGGGGCUGGGCUGCAGCGUUCGGCUUCCUCCUCCUGGCUGGAAGGGACCUCCACUCAGACCAAGGAGCUCUGUCUUGCCAGAAUUACCCCGACCCCCUCCCGGAAGCUGCCGGAACCCUCUGCCCUGUCUGAGGUCACCAAGCCUCCUCCUUGCUUGGAGAACUCCUCGCCUCCCUCCAGGAUUCCGGAGCCUGAAUCCCCAGCGAAGCCAAACGUCCCCACAGCCUCCACGGCGCCCCCAGCGGACUCCCGGGACCGACGGAGGUCCUACCAGAUGCCUGUGCGGGAUGAGGAGUCAGAAUCCCAGAGAAAAGCUCGCUCCCGUCUCAUGCGCCAGUCUCGGAGGUCCACACAGGGUGUGACUCUGACAGACCUGAAGGAGGCGGAGAAGGCUGCAGGGAAGGCCCCAGAGUCAGAGAAGCCGGCGCAGAGCCUGGACCCUUCCCGGAGGCCUCGCGUCCCUGGAGUGGAGAACUCUGACAGCCCUGCCCAGAGAGCAGAGGCGCCCGACGGGCAGGGUCCGGGACCGCAGGCGGCCAGGGAGCACCGCAAGGUCGGAAAGGAGUGGAGGGGGUCUGCGGAGGGGGAGGAGGCGGAGCCGGCUGACCGCAGCCAGGAGUCCAGCACCCUGGAGGGCGGCCCUUCAGCCCGCAGGCAGCGGUCGCAGCGGGACCUCAACCCAGAACCUGAGCCAGAAUCAGAGGAGCCGGACGGAGGCUUUAGGAAGCUGUAUGCAGAGCUGCGCAGGGAGAACGAGCGGCUUCGCGAGGCCCUGACCGAGACCACGCUGCGGCUGGCGCAGCUCAAGGUGGAGCUGGAGCGGGCCACGCAGAGGCAAGAACGCUUCGCUGAGAGGCCAGCCCUUCUGGAACUGGAGAGAUUCGAGCGCAGGGCCCUGGAACGCAAGGCCGCAGAGCUAGAGGAGGAGCUGAAGGCCCUGUCUGACCUCCGCGCCGACAACCAGCGCCUCAAGGAUGAGAAUGCAGCGUUGAUCCGCGUCAUCAGCAAACUCUCCAAGUGACCGGAAGGGACUUCCUGCACCCGUAUUUAUACAGCUGCUUCUGCCACACGCACCCUUCCCCCGUGUGAACACGAGUGACAGGGCUCCGGGGGAAGUCUCAGAGAAGCCAUAGCCCCCCUGGGACCUCCGGACUGGGAGGGGAGCAGAGUUCCCAGGAGCCAAGGGGGCCACCCGAGGCCAGGAUGGAGGUGGGAGGCUGAGCCAAGUAGGAGGACGUUGCCAGAGGGGACCAGGACCAGAGAUGGGACCAGGAAGGAACUGAGGACCAAGAAGUGCAAGGAUCAGUAGCUAGGACCAGAGUGGCCGCCUGGAGGUCCCCAUCUCACGUGUGAUGUCACCCCGUCACCCCUCCCCUCCUGAGCAGGGAUCCAAGAAUGUGCCAAGUCCCGCCAGCCUCAGCCAGGUGGGCCUGUAUAUAGGGUCCAUGUGCAAUAGGGAGGGACGUCUUCUAUUUUUUGCUGCCCCCUCCCCGCCCACUGUCUGGGGCAGGGGGAGAAGGUAUUUUCGAGAUAAAGCACAGGCACCACAAAUAAAAGUCGUGAAGUUGCCACUCAA